AUGGAGCAGCCAUCGGCCGCAGAACAGCGCGCCGUCGCCGUCGCAAAGCUCAAGCGCGCUGCAUCUCUACCGCGCACCGUCGAUGGGCGAAGACCCCCCAUGCACGCCGGCGCCGUCAGCGAGGGAGAGAGGUCCCAAGUCGAAAAAGUAGAGGAGAGCAAGCUCGACGACAACAGCCCACCUAUGUCCGAUGUAGGCGCCGUUAUAGACAGACAGGAGGAAGAGAACCCGGAAUACGAGGCGGAGAAGGAGGGGAGCGAGGCCAAAGCGGAGGACGGGAAGACAGAGGAAGAAGGCGCGAUCACGUCUCCACCGCAGACCCCCCUGCCGUUUGAGGAGCCGAUACCGAAGACCAAACGCCGGUCGAGGUCGCGUUCGAGGGGCAGAGGUUCGAAAGAUUUCAAGAACAAGACGCGGGCCUUGCAGUCUCCCAUCCCGAAUCCCUCCACCGCUAACGACUCGUCCCCGGAUGAGGACCCGAACCCUCCUCUCAUUCAGUUCAACGGGUUCACCUCGCCUCCGCUUAUGUCCCCCAUUCCAUCUCACUUCGCCCUUCUCCAACAACGGAUGUUCGCAUCACCGGAACCAGGGAUGAUGUAUCCCGGCACAUCCCCGCCAACUCCGAUGCUCCCCACGCUGCAGGACAUCCAACGUGAGGCCCUGCAGCGAGGCUUGUUUCGGUCGAACAGUGCGGCAGCGCGGUUGAUAGCGCUGCAGCAACUCACGGCUGAAGCAUAUGACCCAAUGGCGGCGAUGCAUAUGCCCGCUCAGGGUAAGUUAGGCCGGAAUAACACCGUCGCGGGGGGUGAGCGGGCGGACGCGCGGAGAGCGAUGAUGCGCAGGCUCGGCGAGCGUCUGAGGGAGGCAGACGAAGCACAGACGAGCGGAGGCGAAGAGGUGCCGGUGGCCCCCCCGCCGAAACGCAAGCGACGGUCGAGGCGGGGCUCGACGAACCGCCCCGCUGUAGUGGAUGAUCGGGAGCUGUCCUCGACCACCACACCGAACACGCCGAUCGUCCCCUCCUCGUCGCUGCCCCUGUCCCUCGGCGACUUGCCCGAUCCCCCGCGGCCCCCCUCUGGGGCACGAAGCCCAACACCUAAUGCGCGGAGUUCUAGCAUCGAGCGGAGUAGGGAGGACGCGCUCGCGAAGCUCCUGGGGUCGCCCACCACGUCGUACGAAUACGAGACGGCAAUGGAGCGGCGGGGUGUUGUGGUCGAGGAGGACGACAUGCCCGAGCGACUAUCACCGCCGCGGCCGCCAUUCUCUAACCUCCCGAAGACUCCCGUUCGCGGGGGCGAUGGUCGUAAGCCUCAUACCUCCGACGCGCCGUCGAGUUUUUUGUCCGACUCUCCGGGCAUCGGGGUGCCUGUGUACUUAUCGGAUGCAUCGGAUCGUCAAAACGAGAUGUUCCCGUCAAGUCCUUUUGCUACUCCGCUCAAGGAGAAAUCUGGCGUCGAGGACGAGGAGGAGGUUCUGUUCCAGAUGAAUGGGGACAUGUCUCAACAGUUGCCAUGGAACAAUGGGUACGAGCGGGAGAUCAGCUGGGUUGCAGAUCCUGUACCAGACUCUCGCCGAAUACCUAUCAACGACGACGACGAGUUCGACGACGAGGAACCGGCGGUUCCUGUUCCAGUCGACACUGGGUCAGCUGAACCGGCUUUCGAUGAGGAGGAUGAAGCCCUCUCCCAACCUCUGUAUUCCCGAUCGCAGGAUUCUGUUCAUGAACACGAGACUUCUCCGGGGCCUGUCGUGCUCGACGAGCCUCCAUCGCCCUUCUCUGCCGUCCCGAUGCAGGUGCAUCCCAGCACCGACUCGUCUUUCCGUGUUUACCCUGCACGACUGUCAGUAGCGACGCCCGUGCACCCAGAACUGUCGUCGGCGAAUAGUGAAUACGUUGACUGGGAUGACCGAGUCGUCGUCCCUGAUAACUCGGGAAAGAAGAAUGGAGAGGGGGGCACAAUCAGUAAGUGGGACAAGGUCAAGAAUGCCUUUGUGAGGACGGGGUCGAAUGGCGGGAGGCGAUCACGGACGAACAGCAUUCGUGAACGGAAUCCCAACACAGACUCGAGUGUCAGUCGCGAAAGUGGGGCGAGCCUUACGAGCAGCUCGAAGGCAGACAAAGGUCGCUUUCUUGUUCUUACUAUCCAUGUGUUGGCUACGCUGUUUCCGAGUUCUCCUGGAGCAGUGUCGCCCGUACCUCCACCCUCGACAGAGCACAUGCACAAGUACAAUGACGCAAAGCUCUUCCCGUUCCCUGGUAUGAAGAAGUUGGAGGAGCAGAUGAAGCGCUCAGCGGGGCAACCCUUCAAUGCUUCAUCACCCGACAUUAUUUUCGCUCCUAACAGCGAAGACAUAUCUCCGCUCAGUUCCACGUCCUCGCAGACACCACAGGCCUCUCCGGAAUUUCACCGCGAUCGGAAACUGUCGCAUCAGGCAUCUGAUUCCCGUCUCCUCCCAAAGUUCAGCGCUUUCAACUCGCCACAGUCCCUCUCGAGCGCCCCGUCAACCUCGUCGCAUCCGGAGUAUUUCAACAUCUCUCCUUCCUCGACCAACGGGACCGGAUGGCUGAAUAGCAAGCUGCCCACGAACCGGGAGGGUGUCAAGAAGUGGCUGACGGCGAAGAAGAUCUUCUCUUCACAAUCGUCACAGCCGUCAUACCCGAGUCUCCAGAUCUCGCCUCCUAUAGUGGACCCCCGGUCGAAAGCCGCGAGCAAGAAGCCGUCGCUAUCAGAUCUCCUCAAGGGGCGAAAGGAGAACGAGAUCAUGGCGGACUGGGAGGAUAUUUCGAAGACGCCCACGAGCACCAGUGGGAGCACCUUAUUGGGCAGAGGUUCUGUGAAGGACGGCAGGGAGUCCACGACGCCAAAAGAUCCCGUCGACAUACCGAGCGCAAAUUCGCCGAAUGGAGAAGCACAGUACGCGUUGUAUCCUUCACGUCACGAUGACCCUACCGUUCCUUUACCAUCACCUCCCGACCUUACUUCAACAACGCCUGAUCCCAUGUCGUCUCUGGAUGAAUAUCCGAUCCGGUCGUCUACAUCCACGCUGUCGUCAGACCGCUCGCCGGCCGUCAUGGUCCAAUCGCAGAGUUCUGUUGUGCUCGAGCGACUAGAUGAGAUGCUCAAUCGAAGUUCAAAAGGCUCUUCGGAGGCUUCUUUGAUCGACGAUCCGCCGCGGCAGCUUGUUUGGUCGUCUGCUGUUCUUCAAGUGGCAAAUUCCAACACGGUCAAGGACAGGUUCCUGUUCUUGUUCAACGACAUCUUGGUCAUCGCGAAGCCCGUCUUGCUAGACCAGGAUUCGCUGUUGGAUUCCACGAAGCCAUCGCCUCUAGAUCGCAAGUUCAUGGUCAAGAGCGUGGUGCAGCUCCGUCAGCUGCGCUUCACGGCCGAUCGGGAUGAUCCACAGACGAAGGCGUACAACACAUCUAUAGCCAAUCGCCACCCCCUCAUCCGCACUUUCGCCGUGCAGUUCACAAAGGAGCCAGAUCAUGCCAUCUCGACCUUCUUCGAGAAGACGGGAACCAGGGACGAUGCAGUCGUGCUCGGACGGGUGCUGUUCAAGACUUUGGAUCUAGAUCGGGCCAGGUUGGGAAGCUACCUAUCGCGCCGAACGUCCAAGGUCGUCUUGAAAGCCUACAUCGACGGCUUUGGCUUUUCUGGCAUCCGACUCGACAGAGCACUCCGCGUGUUCCUUCAGUCCCUGCACAUCCCUGCUUCAUCGAGGUCGUCGCAUUCGAAUCCCAUGGACUACAUGGUGGAUGCGUUUGCGAGCAGGUGGUACGAGGCCAACGCAGGGAUCGUGGCGUACGACAAGGACUUGGCUGUCCGCGUCGCUCGUGCUCUGGUUCAGCUCAAUGAAGUCCUUCACGGCGGGAUCGUACAAGAGCCAGGACCUCUGGGACCCUUGAAGCGAAAUGUAACUAACCGUGACUUCAUCGACGCAUUUAGACGGUACGACCCGCGGUGUCUCGUCUCCGACGCCCUCCUAGACAAGAUGUACACCUCUAUCCGACGCGAGCCUCUGUCGCAAGCACGGAACUCCGCCACAACGACUAGUCCUGACUUUACGAUUACCCUCAAACGCCCUGUUCCGCCUCGACUUACUUACAGGAUGCAAUCCGAGCCCAUCAUCCUUCGCAUUCCUCAACCUGAUCCCAAUCUCACCAUCGUCCUACACGGACAAGACCUCAUUUUUGACCCACCCACUCUGACCUUCACUCGCUCCGCCGAGGCCUCCUUCCGCAUCACUGGUACCUCCCUUGGGCUCAAAACCAUCUCCUUUUCUCGCUCGGGCCAGGCCGCCCUCUUGUACUCUGGCCUCCCGCUCAGCAGCCCCAUCGUUGUUGAGCGGAGUUUCAUGCGCAAUACUUUCCAGGUCGCAUUUCUGAAUCACGCGCAGCAGAAGAAAAAGUAUAUGUUCAGCGUAGAUGAUCCCGUCCUCAGACACAAUUGGACGGCGAACCUGAAGCAUUACGCUGAUCUGGCCAACGCAAACGCAGCGCGAGAGCCACCACCGAGCCGGUUCCGGAGAGCAGCGGAGGAAAUUGCGUUUAGAGUACUGCAGGAGACGCUCAUCUCCUACGAGGACAGCGAGUGGGAUAAGGCCGUUCGGUCACUAUCGGCGUCACCCGCACCUCUGUCUACCCCAGGUUCUAGCAGCCAACUCGCUGUGAAUCAGAACGGGAAUGGGUCGGCACAGCCAGUCUCUGCGCUUUCACCACGGCGCAGUCGACUGGAGGGCGGGUCUUCGCACGUUCGCUCCAAAUCGCGGAGCCAGAUCUAUCACCGAUCCGGCCCGGGAAUGGUCGAACAGCAACAACUAGACAUGCUGUUGGCGGCAUCGCCAACGCCAGACGAGGUGAUGGAUCAGGAAGUUCAGAUCGAGAAUGUGGCGAGGUUGUGGUCUGGGAAAGAGUUGGAGAUGGUGUGCACGCAAAAUAGCUUGGUUGCGCUCGCACUGGAGAGGGUCGGUGCUGGUGCGGAUGAGUCGCUCCCCAUUUUCGUCGCAUCUUCCUUGCUCUCCUCUGGACGUACAUCUACGCUCUCUAUUUCCUUCGUUGUAUUUUCUCCCGUCUAG